CAGGCACGACGACUCUCCCGUUGCCUGUGCCACGGGAGUGGAGAAGCAAGUAACGGCGCAUGCGCCGGCACGCACUGCCGAUUCCACCAGAAGGUAAGAGAACAGGAGGGGGGAGACGUCAUUCUUGUGGCCGUAGCGGCACCUUCUUACAGCUUCCCUCUCUCUCUCUCACCUGGCCGCCGACGACGUCGGUGGAAAGAGCCGCCGAGAGGCCGACCGACAAACCAGCCGACGCGCCACGCUGGACCUGGCGGCCGCUCCUUUCGACGCUGCCCCUGUGCGUUCGUGACGCCGCGAGUGCGUCGUGCCCGUGGGUGUGUGUGCGUUCCUGGAGAGUACCCGGCGCAACCUCUGCUCGCUCGUGUCGCCAUCGCAGAGAACAAGCCACGAGUGGUGUGAAACUCGACGCCGAGGCCAUCGCAGUCCCAGCAUCACUCCUCGAGGAGCAUCCAUCUUUCAAGUUGUGUCGGGCGCUGGUGUUUCUCGUAGCGGUCGAAACGAUGCCUUCUUCGCGAGGAAUGCGGUGCGGCUUCCAUCCGACCACUAGAAGCAGUGCUCGGCAGUGAUUCGUCGUACGCUCCCUGCGACUUGGAUUCCCGGUGCCCGCGGGUUGACGACGCGGCGGCGUGUGUACGUCUUCUCUCGUGUUUCUUUUGUGCAUUUCUGAAGAGGAACGGCAAAGGCAGGUGACCCUGGCCCUGGGAUGUUGUCUGAGCCGCGGCGUUCGCAGCAGCAGCAGCAGCAGCAGCAGCAGCAGCGCUCAUCGCAUGAGGACGGUCACCAGUCCUCGUCCAAUGGACGCCGCCAGCCCAACGGAGCAGUUCUGAGCAACGGACACCAUCAGGCCGCCUGGCAGAACAGCUACAACAGGCCACCCAGCCGGCAUAACCAGCAGCACAGCCACCACCACCAUCAGCAGCUGCAGCAGCAGCUCCAGCAGCAGCUCCAGCAGCAGCAGCAACAGCAGCAACAGCACAUCCACCAGCACCACCACCAGGGACCGCGGCGUCCGUCGUCGCCGUCGGACGAGACCAGCAGCUCGUCGGACGACCGCGAGGAGAUGGCCCGCUCGCUGGUGCGGAGACCCGGAGGAGGAGGAGGACACCCGAACAAACACUGGGCACCGGGCGCCGGCCACGACUUCCGCGGAACGCUCAGGUCCACGCGUAGCGUUCCGGCCCUGGCCCUGGCCACGUGGGACGGCGAGCCGUGCCCGUCCACGGCCACGGCCCGGCCGCCUUCUACCCGCCGACGCACGGACACCCGCCACCUCCAGCCACUCCGCAGCAAGGCAUGCCACCACCACCCAUGUCGGCCCAGGCAACCAUGGUUCGGCUCUAUGUUCGACGUGCGGCCCGGGUUCUACCCGCUGACGCCGCUGGACCGCAAGUCGAUGCACGGCUCCAUGAGCGUGCUGAACGUGCCCCCGCCUCUUCCCCCCGUGCUGCCCCCGGUGGGCGGUCCCCCCCUGCCCCCCAUGGGCCCGCCGCCGUUCCUGCCCCCUCCGCACCUGAUGCCUCCCAUGAUGCGGCCCCGGCCGUACGUGUACCCGGCCGAACCGCUACCCACGCGGGACCCGUACCGCUCCAAGACGCCCGUCCUUCAGCAGCCCAAGAUGGAACAGGACUACUACUCGGUGGACCAGGUCUGCUGCAAGGGUCACCUCAUCGUGCUUUGGAUCAUCCUGGCGGUGGUCACGAUAGGCGUAAUCCUCGGCAUAAUCUUGGGGGUCACCGUCACCUAAGCCUACACUUCACCGACGGGACUCAAUUGAAUAGCGGGGGGGAUUUUUCAAGGAUGCCUACUGGUUCAACGCAUUCGCGAACUUCUACCUGACUGAGCCUGUCUGCGGUGUCCUACCAAAGUGGUGUUGCACACUUCAAAGCGACAACUGGUUGGCACUGCUUGUUAACUUUUUUGUUGUACUAUCGCAAAAAAAUAUAUAUUUUUGUGUUGUUUUCUUCAGUACAUCACACAUUCAGUAGAGUUUCCUAGCAGACCGAGAAUCCUGUUCCAGUGCGAUUUCGGAGCCACUGCGCAUGCGCUUAAGAACACACACACGUCACUUUAUUUUUAAUUUUUUUUCAUUAAGUACAUGUUGCUCGCUGUGUUCGUGGUAUGUAACAUUAACUGCUGCCAUGUAGAAAGGUCUUAAGACGAAAACAGCGCGAAAACAGUCACAUAGCAAGUGACGUACAUUGUGUUGCGUCAGUGCUUUCGUACUCCGGCCGUUUUUUAUUGAGGACUUGAAAGCUUUUAGCAAAAUUUACGCAGCUAGGGACGUUCGAAAGGAAAUUCGAAGCGUCGCUUCAAAGUCUAACUAUGCAAGAGAAACAGGUCUUUCCACAGAAACUAAUAGAAUGUUUAGGUCACACAAAGUCGUCAUUUAAGUUGUACUUAACAUGGCACCAUUCUGGUCGUGUGAGUUCGCAAGAGUCCUAUUCACAAUAUAUAGCAGUAUUUUGCAUAGUAAUGUAUAAUGCAUAAAUGUAUUCUGCUUCAACUGCUGUAACAUGUUCACUUAACGGAACUGCGACAUUUCUUCUUUGUUGCAGAGUUACAAGGCUGGCAUAGUCAAACUUUACAUAUAUAUUUUUUUUAAUUCCGUGAAUUUUUACAGAAGCAGCCGAUGACCGAAAUUAGAAUGCUGCUCUCAAUAGCGCCACUUAAAUUCGAUUCACUCCUAAAUGGAACAAAUUUCACAUAAAUAAGUUUAGUGCGUAGCUAUUUACAGAAUUUAUUUAUUUCAUACUGUGCAUGUACUUGAAUACGAACUGCCUCUGGUAAGGAUUCCUCUUUGGGCGAAACGUUACCUCUGGAGCGUAUAUUAGGAUUCAUGAAAACACAGAUAUCAUUUUUCUAGGCAUCCAACACCAAAUUUGAUGAAGGCUGUUUCAAUCGAAAGACUUGAAAUCAACCACUGUUAUAAAGGAGAUUUUACUUUUGGGCCACGACUUUUGCUGGAAAUCAAAUUGCAUGCAAAAUUUGCUGAAAAUCGAAAAUAUUAAACCCCUGAAGCAGCAAAUUUACAUUUCCAUGCAGCACCAGUAAAAAAUAUAUAAUAAUUCUGUUACAGCAUUCAUUGGGACAUUUCAACCGUACAAAAGAGACCACUUAAGAUAUACAAAUAAUAAUGAAUCAAAACCAGUAAAAAAGAUAUAUUUUUGCAGCAUUUAUUGCGACAUCUCAACCGUAAAAAAGAGAUAUGUUAUAGACCACUCGAACAUACAUAAAUAAUUAAUGAAUCAAGCCUUUGCAUAACUCCGUAAACAGUGUAACGAUUUGACGUGAGCUGGCAACAUAAACAUCAAACUUGCCCUCAAGUCUCUCUAAUAGAUGUAGCGUGCAGAAUUUUGUUAUCUGUUUUUUAUGCUUAGCUACGAAAUUACAAACUUCGCGUUCAAUUUUGUUUCUUAUUUGCAGAUUUUCGGCAAUUUUUUCAAAGCAGCUUGAGGCCCAACAUAAAAAUCAUGCUUCUUAGAGUAACUACAAUAAAGGUUUCCGUAUUAAACGCAAUAAAUUUCACACAUAUUGAUUCCGUGAUAGUCUUAUGAGAGCGUUCCAGCGCUUCCUAUGUAUUUGAAUAGGCAAAUCAAAUUUGGCCCCAAGAUAGACAAUCUUAAAUUGCCGAGGCGGCUUUGCGCAGUUGCAGUGGCUCCAAAUCAGCGCAAGUGCCUCUCUUACUGGAUUCUCGGUCUCUCGCAAAUCUGCAUAUUUCCAAUGACGAAUUGUCAUUGACGGCAGCGCGUUCCUUUCCGUCCGCAGUCGCCAUGCGCGAGUUCUAUCGCGAUAUAUAUUUUUUUCUUUCCCAUUCCACUUAACGGUGGCAGAUAUUGUUACGUCACUACGACACGUUCUAAGUAGCAUCUCCUCGAGUACACUGACCUCGCCAAUAAUGCAGUUAAAACAAAUAAAGAGCAUUUCCUGCUUAUCGCAUUAGUCCUAUAAAUGCCCAUCACGUCUCCUCUGUAAGGCCUAGGGAGUGAGCGGCACGCUAUGGAGUGUACUAUAUUUUCCCGUCGCGAUAUUCAGGCCUGAGGCGAAAGGUGGCCCCUAUACGGAAGCACGUGGUGUGGACUGCGGGAUACUUGUCGUUAUCUCGAUGUUCCCUCGCGACUGGUGCGUGUGCGCGCACACAUCGCUGGCCUAAGACUCUUAGGACUGCGUUGCUCAGCUCGUUCGUCGCGUCAGGUAGAUAGGAGAGAAAUGUUUCGAUGUCGUCGCCUCGGACAUACACUGCCGCGAAAGACGCGAUUCGUGAACACUGAUAGCAGGAAGUGUACAGUAUUUAAGAAAGGUAAGCGUGGCACCAAUUAUAUUGCCCUGGUGUCGAUUGAACGUAAGCUAUAGGUUGUAGCAGAGACCGACGCAGAAAGAAAAGCGCGGGUGGCCACAUCCGGCAACGAGCUUCAAGCAGGUCACGUGACAUGGGGUAGUCGCGGUGGAGAAGUGCGAACAAGCAGCCCCGAACUAAGGGGCUGUAAUUUUCCAAUGCCGGCAUAAGGAGUGUCUCGGAUAGCCCUUGUAAAUGAUUGUAUUCCGGCAAGUAGCUGAUGUUACGCCCAAAACUUGUUGAAGGUGGCGCAGCAAGUCGACAUUUCUUUUUCUCUCUCGCUUUUUGCUACCGGAUAUGCACUUCUAAACUGCCCUUGAUGAACGCACAGAGUACGGUUUGGGCCAUAGCUCCAGUAGUUCGGGACCCGGCGCACGGCCCGCAGCCCACCCCGCUUCCCUUUCUUGGUAUGUAUAGAAUAAUUGCCGGACAGUGUGUAUAGUAAUUGCCGGACAUUUAAGUGACUAGCGAAUGUCAGUUGCCACCCGCCACCCUCGGUGCCUUUCUUAUGAGCACUUCACACGCCGCUGCGUGGCGUUAGACAUAACAGGGUGUUUCCUCGGAAGGCGCGGUCACUGAAAAGUUAAAUCUGUAAUCAUGGCUGGGUGUACUGGUAAAGGCAGCAAAGCUGUUACGAAUAGAUUUCUUUCUUUUUUGGCAACAUGCUUUUUUGUCCAAGAGUCAUCACUGUUUGGGGCACCACGAUUCCGGUGCUUUCGGCCGUGUUCACGUUACUCUUGCCAGUACCGUGUGCCUCACUCAAACAGUGGUAAAUGAGUGCAGAUUUUGUUUGACAAAUGCUCAGGGUGCACGGUUUGCCGUGUCUAAAAUGAAUGCGUCCUUACAGGGGGGCACCCCACGAACUCUGGUUGUAGCGAGCAUCCAUGAAUUGUUCCCUGUUUGGUUGACUUCGCUGAAGGAGUGUUCAUAAAGAAUGUAGCGCCAGUGCAUUCAUCAGAACUGCCGGCUACAAAUCGUGCCUUUUUUAAUAUGAAGUACAUUACUGAGAGUAUGUAUCUGAAUGAGUUGUGUAUCUUUAACAUAAUGAUAGUAAUAUAUGUGUCGAAUAUUAAAGCUUUCUUUCUUCAAAACCCA